GAAAGGAGCGUGGGGUGUUCAGUACAGUUCACCAAAGCAAUAACCAAACUUCCUUUAUUUAUUUGAUUCUCUCUUCCAUUUUUCUCUCAACAGAAUUCCCUUUCGUUACAAGCAACCUCCGCCGCCACCGCCGCCGCGAAAACCCUCCUCCGGCCACCUGGUUUCUCCUCUCUUACUACGUCCAUUACUUUAGCUUCUCAUUAUUCAUUAUAUUAUUCCAUUGCUUUUCCUCUUUGCUGUGUUUGUUGGGGAUUUCUUCUUCUUCUUGGCUGCUUUAUGUAGUUUAAUCCAUUUUCCUUAUUCGCACGCAUUUCCUUUUCUUCUUCAUCAAACGUUUUUUUCCAAUCCGCCUUGUUAACCACCGGAAAUUGUUCCUUCAAUGGGGAAUAAUUGCCUUGGGAGUUCGAAGAAAUCGGCGGCGGAGAUUGUGCCUCAGGAGUUCAUCAGAGGCUGUGGCGAUACCGCGGGGCCUUCUAAUCCGAUCGUGCGCCUUUACGGCCCUCCAAAUAAUGCUUUCACCUGCUACAUCCGAUUCGCUUUGCUAUACAAGUCUGUGAAACUCAGUUUCAUCCCUUCUGAGACUCCGCAUUUUGGCUCUGAUUCGCCGGCUAUUCGGAUCGGGACCGAGACCAUUUCCGGUUCACGUGAAAGGAUGCUUCGGUUCAUAGAUAAUAGGUUUCCUCAUCCGCCGCUACCACUGUCGAAUCGCCGCGUUGACGACGACGAAACGACGUCGUUGGUUGCCGUGAGAGUGGUGGCGCUGCAGCACAAGAGCGUGUUGUGGCAUUUGGAGAGGAUGUUGAGAUGGGCGAAGGACCUGGCGAGUCGUGGAGGGAGAACGACCGUUGAUCCGGCGGUGGGAACGCCGAGGAUGGAGCUAAGGAAGUUCGGGAAGAGCUACUCUCAGCUGCUGGAAGUGAUGCUGGAACACGCUCAAAUGGAGGAGAGAGUCCUCUUCCCGAUCUUGGAGAAGGCUGAUCGAGGAUUGUGUAAAGCUUCAAACGAGGAGCAUGCAAGGGAUCUACCCAUCAUGAAUGGAAUCAAAGAAGACAUUAAGUCUGCAGUCGUUUUGGACUUGGGAAGUUCAGUUUGUCAAGAAGCGCUCUCCAGCCUUUCCAAACGUCUCAAGCUCUUGCAGGAACACUGUAAACAUCACUUUUUGGAUGAAGAGAAAAAUAUACUACCUUGGCUUGAAGCUGUAGACCUGAACAAAGAGCAGCAGGACAAAAUGUUGGAGCAGCUCUUGGAUGUGAUGAAACAAACUCAUUCUCAUUUACUAAAUUUCUUUCUUGAAGGUCUUCUCCCUCUGGAAGCACUGCAGUAUUUGGAUCUGAUUACGAGCAGCAGCGAUAGAAUCCGAACAAGCUUUGGCUCAAUGCUGCUGAUGGAUGUUGUAUAAGAUCAAAUAUGUAUAUAAAAUUUCUUUUUUUUUUCCCUCCCAUCUAAAUUGGAUUUGCAACAUCCUUUGUGUCAAUAGGUCAGAAUGAAUGGCUGUUCUUUCUUUGGCAUCUUGUCGUUUUAGUUUGGAGAUGAAAUAUAGUCAUUUAUUGCAUAUUUUCUUAGAACAGUGUGCCACAAAAAUGAUAAGAAGAAGAGAGAAAAAAACUUUUUUUCUUUUUAAUAAGUGGGUGGGUAGAUUUGAAUCUCUAACUUUUUGUUCGAAGACAUAUAGCUUGAUCAGUUGAGUCCAUUGUUUGAGACUUGUAAUUGAACUUUUGUUCACAUAAUUAGUUACAAUAGUAGGACAUCAGAUUCAUAAUC